AUGAUCGAGUUUUUAAAAUCCAGUUAUAAUGAAUCAAUGCAAGAAGAGAUUCCAAAGAAGGUUCACGACUUGUUUGUUGAUAUGCCAAUGAGUGAAGAUUUAGAAAAUGGUUAUUCAGAUCCCGCCGACACAAACACCCCUCAAUCAUCAAUUGAAGUACAAGAACCUGUUUCCACUGCUGUUACUGAUGUUACUACAACUCCUACUGCUGAUACUAUAACUACCGGUGCUGCUUCUGCUGCUACCUCUGCUGCUGCUGCUUCUACUGCUGCUUCUGCUACAACUAUUACAUUUACUAAUAUUCUACUGCUGUUACAACAAAUAACCAUUCAAUCUUGUUUACCAUUAAUGAGGAACAUGAAGAAGAAGAAGAGAAAAAUGAAAUUAAUGCUACACAAAGUAUCCCAAAAUCCUUUGGAUCUAAAAAUCUUAUUAGCUGGCACAAGACCAAGACAAAUUGCCAAAGAUUAA